AUGCACCAAGAGGAUUUAAACAUACGUUUAUUUUACAGCUAUGAUAUUACAGACAUAUCAGGAGCCAAUGCCCAAGAAAAACUACUCGAUGAGAUAAUCCAAGAAAAUGACGUCAUUGUCUUGACCGCCCAGAUUCUGGUGGAUGCUCUGAAGUCCAGAAGGGUCGCCAUAAACGACUUCUCUUUACUGAUAUUUGAUGAAUGCCAUCACACUGAUAAAGGCCAUCCCUACAAUGACAUCAUGCUGAACUAUUUGGAAAUUAAAUUUCCUUUUCGAGGUGGUCGAAAUAAGGCAGUAAAGGAAAGGCUGCCGCAGAUCAUUGGGCUGACGGCUUCGCUGGGAGUUGGAAAAGCUCGCAAUAAGAAUGAAGCCCAGGAACACAUUCUUCAGUUGUGUGCAAACCUUGACUGUUCCGUAAUUGUUACUGUAGAGAAAUACAAGAAGGAUCUGAAAGGUAUGACCGGAAGGUGCGAACGUAUUUGUCACGAAAUCCCGGAUGGUGAAGCGGAUUACUUUGAUGAGAUCGUACGAAACGUUAUGAUUACAAUUGAGGGAAUGAUGCCACAGUUACCUGCCGGCCGCAAUGGGCGGCCUCAGAUGAACCACGGAAGUCAGCAAUACCAGCAAUGGCUGAAGGAACUGGAACGGAGUUCAGUAGCCCUCAAGAGCCGUGACCAGUUUACCUUGGUACAACACUUGAUGGUGUAUAAUACUGCCUUAUCCAUUAAGAAAAGCUGCCGAGUCAAGGACGCCCUAAAAUACGUCACGGAAUUUCAUGACAGGCAGAGUGAAAACAAGUUUAAGGAUAUUGAUCGAAAGUUAAGGAUGCUCUACGAGAAGGCCAAGCAAGACCUUGAUUCAGAGAGAAGAAAGAAAGGGGAACUCAAAAACCCUAAAUUAGAGGCUGUUGCCCAAUUGUUGAGAACAAAAUACCAGGCAUGCGUGGAGGAAGGAGGCCAACAAACAGCUAAAGGGAUGCUCUUUACUCAGACACGGGAAAAUACCAAGGCAUUGAAGGCUUGGCUUGAUGAGAAUAGUGAUCUAGCCUUUAUCAGGGCUGAGCGCCUCGUUGGAACUGGCAAAGGAGAAGAUGGAAUGACCCAGUGCCAACAAGAGGAGGUCAUCGCUAGUUUCCGUAGUGGUCGAAUAAAUCUGCUAGUUUCUACUACAGUUGGCGAGGAAGGAAUUGACAUACCUGACUGCAAAUACGUCAUUCGUUAUGACGUCAGAGGCAAUGAGAUAGCCAGCGUUCAGUCCCGUGGGCGUGUUCGUGACAAGGAGGGACAGUAUGAAGUGGUGGCAGGAAAAGAGACUGGUGUUAUCGAGAAGGAGAAUCUAAAUGUGAUCAGAGAGGAGAUGAUGGAGGAAGCUAUAGGCGAGGUCAAGGCUAUGGAUGGAGAUCAGUACAAUCGCAAGAUUUUAGAUCUUCAGUUGCGAGCCGUCCAUCAGCGUCAAAGAAAAGAGACUUCCAAAAAGUGCGAGAAAGAUAAGAGACAACACGACAAGGUGAAGUUGUUUUGCCGUAAGUGCCAGGUGUUCGCGUGCAGUGGAAAUGACAUCAGGUGUAUAAAGGAAGCCCAUCACGUGGUCAUUGAUAAAGACUUCACGUCCAAAUUUCAUUUCAAGAAAAGCAAGAGUCCCAGAGUGUUGAAUGAAAUUGAACUGACAGGGCCUUUGCACUGCCUGGAUUGCGAUGCGGAGUGGGGUGUGAUGCUGAAGUAUCAGUCCAAGGAAAUGCCUUGUAUCAAAGCUUCCUGCUUUGGAUUUGAGUUUGAGAAUGAGGCUGGCGUGAAAACGACACUCUCCUUCAAGAAGUGGAAAGAUGUGCGAAUGAAUGUUGAAAGCUUCGAGCACUGCCAAACACAAGUUUUAGAUUGUUUCUUGGACUUAGCUGAGCUGUGCUUAGAUUAGUUAUCUGCGGUCUGUAGUUAUUUAGCUAGCAGCAAUGACAAUUAUUAUUGCAAUAUACAAAUAUAAACAAAGCAAGAUAGGCUGACGCAGCGUUGUGUGCGCACAUGCACCAAGAGGAUUUAAAGUAAGGUAGAAAUAACAGCCGCGUAAUUGAUGUCGGCAAUAAAAGUUUAGUUUACGUACAAUUAUUAAAGUUUGCUCAGAAGGGAGGGGGCGUCUCUAAGCAAGACAUUGGUCGAGUCAUCACUGCCAGUGUGCAUGGGAAUUAGUGUGGCCUCUCACUACUUAACUAAUAGCCUUAUCUUGGUGCCUUGUGUAGUCAAUCACUGCACAGGACUUGAUUCAUCUUGCUCGUUCGUGGAGCUAGCCAUGUAAUAACAAGAGGAAAAAUAUGUAUUACCAGACGUAAACGUAUUGUGUGAACCGCGUCAGAAUUACAACACGAGAACCAAAGGGCACAUACCUAAAAAUAAAUUCUUUCUCUGAAAUUAAGUAGCAUUUGCGUUCGGAUUCCUACAGGUAAUAGUUAUCUAUUGUCAAGACCAGGUUGCAGGACAUGCUAUUUUGAUAAACUUAAAACAUUUUGGUAAGGAUCGUUAGAAUCAAUAGUUACGGACAGUUGAUAUAGUCACAUAGAAAUGAGGAACGACAACAAAAUGGCAUUUGUUAAAAGGUCCUUGCUGCAAGGGUGCAACAAUGUAUUUAAAAAACCAGAACUUUGAACUUUAUGCAAAUGUAAAAAAUAAUCUUUAAUGUAAAAAUAAAAUGUGUGGCUGAAGAUCAUUAAAAUGGAACAAGUCUUUACUUGUU